GGUGACGUAUUUUUGUGCUACACGUCCAUAUGGUGCGUGUACUGGUAGGUCGGGGUAUGUGUCAGCUGAACGAGCGCCUUACCUGCGAUUGUCCUCUGUUUACGGCUCGGCCGAAGCAUCGGAGGACAGUUUGAACGAGGACAUCCGUCUCCGCGGCACAAGCAGCGCCUUCCAGCAGCUGGGCUCUGAGGACUCUUCCAUUGCCUCUUCAGUCUCUAGAGCGCUGAGCUCAGGUGAAAGGGCUGAAGAUCUGCCUGAAGCUGGGAGAGUCUACGUCCACUCUCCUGCCACCCCACCCACCAGAAGAGUCAUGAUCCAGAGGUCUGGCCAUGGCAGCGUCCAGCUGACAGCGACUUUAGCCCUGCUGCUGUGCUUCCUGAGGCCAGCGGGGGGUGCCGGAGAGCCCUCUCCCAAACAGUUCCUCCAGGACUUGAUGAGCCACUAUGGAGACAACAGCACCGUUCUUGUGGCACAGCUCCGUCCGUUCCUGUCCCGCUUCAGCAUAGGUCAGGGGGACAACAGCUCCGCUGGACGAGCUCCCGGCGCCAAUGUCUCGAGAUGCUUGCCCUGGGACACGCUGCUGGCGGCUCAUGGCCUGAGCGAGCAGUCGCGGCUCGACGGACACGGGCUGCAAGAGUUCUGCCCCACCGUCCUGCAGCAGCUGAGCCCUGGAACUUGUGGGGAGGGGUCCAAGGCGGAGCCUGACCGAGACGUGCCGACGGAGGGCAAGCCUUCCACCGCUGAGGUGUGGGGUUAUGGGUUCCUGUGCGUCACGGUCAUCUCCCUGUGCUCCCUGGUGGGUGCCAGCGUGGUGCCCUUCAUGAGGAAAACCUUUUACAAGCGGCUGCUCCUCUACUUCAUAGCCCUGGCCAUUGGCACGCUCUACUCCAACGCCCUGUUUCAGCUCAUCCCAGAGGCUUUUGGCUUCGACCCCAUGGAAAAUUACUACAUCUCCAAGUCGGCGGUCGUGUUCGGGGGCUUCUAUCUCUUCUUCUUCACGGAGAAGGUGUUAAAGAUGGUGCUGAAACGGAAAGAUGGGAAGGCCCAAGGUCACGGGCACAGCCACUUCCCGGCCGAGUGCUACGCCUCCAAGGCUGACGUGGAGGACGGUGUCACGGAGAAGCUGCAGAAUGGCGAAGCGAAAACGCCUCCUCUUGCGGGGGAUGGGCAACUGCAGGGGGCAGAUGAGGAUGAUCGGGUGUUCAAUGUUCCUGCGCUCCAGGAAUCCCAGACUUCUGGCAGCGGCGGGGGCUGCUACUGGCUCAAAGGCACGGCCUACUCGGACAUCGGCACGCUGGCCUGGAUGAUCACCUUGAGCGAUGGGCUGCACAACUUCAUAGACGGCCUGGCCAUCGGGGCCUCCUUCACCGUAUCUGUCUUCCAGGGCAUCAGCACCUCCAUAGCCAUCCUCUGCGAGGAGUUUCCCCACGAGCUGGGUGACUUUGUGAUCCUGCUCAACGCGGGUAUGAGCAUCCAGCAAGCGCUCUUCUUUAACUUCCUGUCAGCCUGCUGCUGUUACCUGGGAAUGGGCUUCGGCAUCCUGGCCGGCAGCCACUUCUCCGCCAACUGGAUCUUUGCGCUGGCAGGAGGAAUGUUCCUCUACAUCGCUCUGGCUGACAUGUUCCCGGAGAUGAACGAGGUCAGCCGUGAGGAAGAGGAGGGCGGGGGCAGUAGAUCCCUUGUGACCUUCGCCAUCCAGAAUGCAGGGCUGCUGACGGGCUUCACCAUCAUGCUGCUGCUUACCAUGUACUCAGGCCAGAUCCAACUGGGUUAGACGCGGGCCUAGGCCCGGGUCCGAGUGGAGGCCCACCGGCGCUCUCCCAGUCCCUGUCUAUCACAGUAUGCUGGGUGGACUAGACGGGCCGGACCUGCGUUCGGACCUCCCCCCCCCCCAACCUACACUAAAGCCCAAUUACAGACAAACAGAUGUUCCUAUAUGCAAUAGAACUGGUGUGCCGUGAUGUGCCAGGCUCUGUCCUUUCGCUCCUCUCUACACCCACACCGUAGGCCAACCCUGUGAGGGGAGAUCGGCAAGUGCUGGCCUUGUUGUGUUGGCCUCGGUCAAGUGCAUUACCCCCGAAAUCACCCUCCCUAUACUAGAAACGGGAAUGUACUAAAAGCGCAGAUCCAAGGCGAAUCCCAGCAGUCUUGGGCAGACGAGUGAGCCAGAUUGUGUCUUUUCUCUCCCCACCCCCAAGGAGUGUCCCCGGAAUUGCCCCGACGUCCUUCUGCUUUGUGUAUUUACGGAUGACGACGAAGCAGGCUGGCCGGAGUAGCGGAUUGACGCGGAAGUUCUCAUGACCUUGUACAGUGUCUCGGUGCUUUCCACAGUCAGGUGUGCAGGUGUUCCUGCAGAGAUGUCGUUUUAGGACCUCUCUUUGUUUGAGACAGCAGCCUUCUUAGAGUCCAAACCAAACACAUAGUGGGUGCCAGAGUCACUAGUUGCAGUGAAUCACCACCUAAAAGGCUUUGUUUUUAAGUGUGAUUUUUAACCUUUUCUUUGUAUCAUCUUCUUUAUUUUGAGGACUCUUUCUGAUCCCUGAAGACCAAAUAAUGACAAGUUUUGUGUGUUUUUGCGUACGGCUGCGAUCUCGAGAUCUCCGCUGUUCGCGCUUCGCUCUUGGAUGUUUGUUAAUGUUAGUGGUUCUCUUGUGUCGUUGGUUUGUUUGGAGUGUUUUGUUUCGUGUGCCCAGGGCAGUUGUUCUAGUUUUUCCUUCUGCCAGGUGUGAAUGAGCCCCCCCCAUGGAAUACUUUCCCCACUGCUCCGGAAACACAUCAGAUUUGUUAAAAUGUCCAAGUGAUAAUGUAGUGAAACGCUAGUGAAAUAUGCAGGACCGUGUUUUCCUUUUCGUGUGCUGGUAUGUGUUGCUUCUACUCCGAGGAGAGCGAUAGGCCUACUCUUCGAGUGGAACGCAGUCUGCAUUUUGUUCUUGCCUUUUGAUUGCUCCAUCGGACCCGCACCAAACUGCUUUUUUUUUUUUUUUUUUUAAGAUGCGAAAAUAAUUUGAAAGGCCAGCUGGAUUAAUACAGGGCUGCCCAUUCACACCUUGCAGUCGCUGCCGGAUCUGUGGGUUUUCGUUGAGUCUCGGCCCUCGGUCAAUUAGUCGGUCAUUGUUUCGCUCGGCUUUUCGUGGCGAAAAUCGCUUUGCUCCAAUCAAUGAAAUCUCCAUUCUCUCAUCUCUCAUCAUUCUCCAAAUCUCUGAUUCUCCAUUCAGUGAUGGCUAAAUUAUUGAGCGUGGGGCCGUUAUGAAAACCUGCUGAUGGUGUGGCUAUGCAGGGCAUGAUGGACACCUCCUUCCUUUAACAGCGUGAGACAGUCAGGCAGAAGAAUAGUUUGUCAGGGGCUCUUGCUUUACAUUCUGUACCAUGGAAGUAUUUUUGUGUCACUUGAACAACACUGCUGAAAAUGUUCGCUUUCUUUGAAUUGUUUGUUUUUGUCCAAAGCGUCAGUGACAUUUGAUUGAUUAUUUAUUAUAUUUAUUGAGAAUGAUGUUCUGUGACAAAUUUACUACUAAAUCACAAACUGCACAUUCAUGUUGCAUUUUUGUUUGAAAUCUUUGUUGCACACGUAUUUCUCAAUAGACUGACACCUCACUCGACAAGCACACUUGAGCCCUGAAGUCUUUCGGCAACUUGUUUUGUUUGCAAAUCCAAACAUAGAUAAAUUUCUGCUUAUUGCAUUCUGUAAAAUCUUUGGUAAGGCUGUUUUUUUAAGAAAAAAAAAAAAAAAAACUGACAUUUUUAAGUCUUUGAGCUAUAUUGAAAUUAGAAUUCAAAAUUACUCAAAUGUUUUCUCCUCAAACUCCUGUUCAGUUCCAGUUGUUGACUUAUUCGUCCCCUAAAUGUGCAAUUUCUGUCAAAUUCUCAACUUAAUCUCAUCAAUGCCAGAAACUGGCUGUAAACGCUGUGGAGGUGAGUUGAAUGAGGGCAACCCCUGUGCUAUUCGGGCGUACUUUACUUCCCAUCUAUUGUCUCUCUGGGUGAAUGGUUUGCGUUCACUCCACUACAAACACAAUAUCUACUUUAAAUAGAAGAAAGUUUAAUUUUAAAAUAAUGAACUGGAAAGAAUGCAUCUUGGCCCAUAGUGAGUUGUGGAGCUGCUGUACUGUACUUGAGUUUCUCAUUGAGCAGAACCAUAAUUAUGAAUUAAUGUUAAAUGCUGUUUAAGAAGUGACCACAAGGGGGAGACACAAACUGUAAAUGCACUGAAAGCUAGCAGUGCAGAUGUUAAGCACAUUUACCUGAUACUUCUCUCCAAAGCAACUUGUAAUUAUUUACCCAUCUAUACAGG